AGCUCGCGGUCCUUGCGAUCGAGAACGUGUGUGUGUGUGUGUGGUUGGAGGUGCGCUCGUCUCAGCUCAUCUGCAAGUGCAGUGCAGGUCUGCGGCAUUGAAGCGGCGAGGCAAACUCUGAUAAUAAGUUUAUCUGACGUCUCGGGCGCAAGUUGUGCAACUUUGCGUCGGUGAUCGGAAGCUCGUCCGUCGCCGAGUUACGGUGUUUUGAAGCACUCGCUCCUAAAGGCGGUCUAAAUGGCCAGUCCAGCUUCGGAUGCAGAACGGCAUCCACAUCUGCAGCAUCACUACGUCGAAUCAACGUCAGAGGCGUCGGAACCGGCGGUUCGCGAGGCCCAGAAAUGGAUAGAGGCAGUCACUGGAAGAAGUUUUGGGGAGAAAGACUUUAGAGGAGCCCUGGAUAACGGCAUCCUGCUGUGCGAGUUGCUGAGUUCUGUUAAGCCAGGUCUUGUAAAGAAGAUCAACAGAUUGCCUACUCCUGUAGCAGGGCUGGACAACUUGGCACUGUUCCUAAGAGGUUGUGAGGAGUUAGGACUAAAGGGAUCUCAACUAUUUGACCCAGGAGACCUACAGGACACUACUCCACGCAACACCAACAAAGCAAGUGACUGCAGCAGGAAAUUGAAAAAUGUCCUGAUCACCAUCUAUUGGUUGGGUCGGGCAGCCAACAGCAGUGCCACAUACAACGGGCCCACUCUGGACCUGCACGAGUUCGAGGGGCUGCUAUCACACCUGCGAAAGGAAGGGGAGGAGUGGGACAGCCCUAAACGCAGUAUCAGGGACAGCGGCUACAUCGACUGCUGGGAGUCAGAGCGCAGUGACUCCCUGUCUCCUCCGAGGCACACCCGGGACGACUCCUUCGACAGCCUGGACUCCAUCGGCUCCCGCUCACGCCACACACCCUCCCCCGACGGCCUGCUCGCCCGUGGAUCCAGUGAUGGCCGCGGCAGCGACUCGGAAUGCGACGUCCCGCACAGGAAGCUGCCGGACGUGCGUCGGGAUGACAUGCUGGCACGGAGGACCUCGUGCAGUGAGCCGCGCACCGCCAUGCCCUUCAACCAGUACCUGCCCAACAAGAGCAACCAGACGGCGUACAUGCCCGCCUCACUCCGACGGCAGCACACUGACCGCGAGGAUGGCCACAAGAGCCGGAGCAGCGCCACAUCACCCACGGGAGGGGAGAGACCUUUCAGAUUCAGCCACAGAUCUAGCGAAUCUGACGACCCCGAGAGCAUGAGUAUGAUUGACAUGAGGAAUGAGGAUGAUGUCAUGCUGCCAGCGCACAGUCCAGUCCGUCACGAGCUGAUGCACAGCCAGUACAACCGCAUGAAGGAGGAGGAGAGCCACUGGCAGGAUGACCUGGCACGGUGGAAGAGUCGAAGGCGAAGCAUAUCUCAGGAUCUGAUAAAGAAAGAGGAAACAAGGAAGAUGAUGGAGAAACUGAUGAAGCGAGAUGAUGGCUCACAGAGACGGAAGAGUGUGAAGACCUACCGGGAGAUAGUGGAGGACAAGGAGCGUCGUGAGCGGGAGCUCCACGAGGAGUACCUGAAAGCCAAAAGCCCGGAGGAGGCGGCCGCCGUGCUGCAACGCUACGCGCAGCGCUUCACCAUCAGCGAGGCCAUCAUGGAGCGCCUCAAGCUGCCCCGGCUCCUGGAGCGCAGCAUCUCUGCCGACCCCACCCGCGGGCCCCUGUCCCCCUCCACCCCUGAUGACUGCGUCUUCUCCCCUACGAGCCCCAGCCCACUGCGGUACCUCCGGCAGCAGUCGUUGCCGGCGCCAAAGUUCACCUCCACCCUGGAGGCGCUAGUGAGGAUGUGCGUGCCACAGGAGGGCUGCAGGGACGAUGUGGGCGGCGCGAGUGUAUGCACGUCCACCCCCAGGCCCAACGGCCACAGCAGAGGGAUCGGCAUCGGAGCGAGACCAGCCGAGCAGGAUGAAAUGAAGCGAGUGAACGGCGAAGCAGACGUAGGCCUCAGCACCAGAGAGGCGCAGGACCAUUGGACAGAGAGCGAACAGGAAAAAGAUGGAGAAAGAAAGCGGGAGGGGGAUUCUUCUCCUCCGCUCUUCUACCCAUCUCCCUCCCGGAACAUCGACUCGGACAGCACAGAAGCGGCGUCCACAGAAGCCUGGUCCUCGGGCACUCCCGCGAUUGCAAGCACAUCAACGCACCCUCCUGAGCCGGAGCAUCCGGAUCGAGUGGACACAGAGGCAGUAGGGCGAAGUAAUGUGGGCUCUGAACCGCAGAGCCGGGAGGGGGAGUGGCCGCCUAGCCGACCCACCUUCUUACCCAUGGUCCGCCCCCUUACACAUGCACAUACUCGCACACAUGUACCUGCUCCAAGCAAAUAUUUUCUUAGAAAGCUCUUAAGUUGCAAAAAUGUACCGUCUUCAUUGGUUUCGUCUUCUGACUUUUCUUUUAUGUGGCCAGAACAGCAUUUUCAUAUUUCAUAUGUUCAAGGCCUCAUGUGCAUUGCUAGCACAGAAUACGGUUUGUUUUAUGCUAAUAGUAACAGAACUGUCUGGUUGGAAUUGUUGUCCGGGUUUCAGCAGGUGCCAAUUGAGGAAGAGGCGGUCCUGCAGACCAGGGGUGUGUCUCCACCCCUGAAAGAGGAGGAGUCCAGAACAGAAGCGCUGCCAGAGAGCAAGCGGGUGCCAGAGGAGCGUAGCAGGGAGGAUAUGGACCUCGCUUUAGUUGGCCAGAAUGGCACAGAACAAGCAGCUCUGGAUACGCCGACCCCGUCACAGACUGCUACUGUGGCUAAACAGAUUGAUGAAGCAGUUCUGGAAUGCUCACAGAGACCAGAAUCAGCCAGUCGACUGCAACCUGAGCCCAAGACAGGCAGUGGAAUCCCAGCAACAGAGCUGGCCAGCAAUGCCCAGCUAGCACCGUUAUCCAGUAACCCUAAGUUACGCUGGGACUUCUUCACUUCGUCAGAACCUACUGAAAAGCAGCACGGAAACGUCGCCCCCGUGGUUUUGAAUCUGGCGAAGCGGGGCGAGCCCUUUGCGUGGGACCCCGAGGAGGAGCGCAGGCGGCAGGAAAGGUGGCAGCGUGAGCAGGAACGCAUGCUUCAGGAGAGGUACCAUCGUGAGCAAGAGAAGCUCAAGCAGGAAUGGGAAAAGGCCCAGAGAGAGGUUGAAGAGGAAGAAAGGAGAUUCCACGAAGAGGAGCGCAAGAUUUUGGAAGAGACGGUGGCCCCUCUGACGCCCCAUUCGCCCUGCUGGCUGGAUUCCGCCCCCCUCACUGGCACCACCACACAACAUGGCAUUGUGCGCUCGCUAGCCAACUGGGAAUGCAAGAAGCAGGAGCUGGAGAGCCAGAUGAAGGGGGCCUUGGAGAACAAGACAAAAAGAGAACAUGAAAGGAAGGAAACGGCAGGACCCACAGGGGCGUCUGAAAGCCUUCUGCAGGGCACCUGUGACCAGCUGGCAGGCCAGAACGGUGAGCAGAAAUCAGAGGCAUCUGAGCAGAGCAAGGGAGUGCACCCAACGCAGCCUGGUCAGGAUAUCUCACGGAGUAGUAAGCAGCACCAGCAGAGGCAAUCGUCAAAAGACUUGCAGAAGACUGCAUUGUUGGACACUACUAGAAACACGCAACCAGCAUCUGGUGGACGCAGAAGGUCUGACUCCUUAGAAAAUGUUGGUGUAUCACAGUCCACCUCACACACAGACACACAACAACCUCCUCCAUCACCAAACAGAUCUGUCAGUGGGAAGAAGCUGUGUUCGAGUUGUGGUCAUCCCCUUGGUAAAGGAGCAGCCAUGAUUAUCGAGACACUCAGCCUUUACUUCCAUAUCCAGUGCUUUAAGUGUGGGAUCUGUAAGGGACAGCUAGGAGACACCACCACAGGAACGGAUGUGAGGAUCAGGAAUGGUCUGCUAAACUGUCAUCAGUGCUAUAUCCGCUCUCGCUCUGCUGGUCAGCCCACCACCUUGUGAGCAGAUUUCAUGAGUUGGCACCAUGUGGACACCUCAGUGCCAACUACCACUUCUCAUAAACACCUGAUUUUUGGACUGGUAGCACCAAUACCUACAAGUUUAUUUGAAGCCCAUGCAAUAUUUCUGAGUUUUUAAUUAUUGCCCAAAGUCAAAUGUAUAGUUCCCAAGGAGCACAUGUGCAACUUGUUUGAAAGCCUGGUGCUUUUUUUUCAAGGGUGAAAUUAAACUUGGCUGAUGCCUCUUUCCGAUCUAUAUCUUUCUGCAAGUAGCUGACAUUUUAUGAAACAGAAGCAUUCUAAACUAAAACUGAUGAUUCCACGUAUGUCACUCUAAAACCAGCACAUUAUCUAACACUAUUGCUACUCAUGGAAUUGCAGAUAAAGUACAUGUCUGGUUAUGGUUUUUUUUUUCUAUGUGAAUCCCACCAACCCCAUUACAUGUACUUGAAUGCAUCUUUUAUCUGUUGCUAAAAUUGUGAUCUAUAUUUGCAAUAUUGGUGGUUCCAAUGCUUUAUAUGGUUACUAUGACUUGCGAUUAUCUGAGUUGUCCAAAAUAAUUAAGAUUAUGUACCUGCUGGAAAUAUGAAAACUGCUUAAGAGACACGCAAAUGACCACUAUUUUUCUAUCUGUCAAUAAUAGUAAAAUAAGAAUUUAGACCUAGCUUAUGAAACGCAAACUGCAUUUCCCUGCAAACUGGCUGCGGAGAGAGGCCGUAGUUUACAUAUGUGCUGCUGCGUUCUCUGUAGCAGUGUACAUAAUGGCGGACAGCAUACCCGUGAACGUACCUAACCCUGGUCGAUAGAUACCCAUUUCGUGAGCUGAAGGAUGUGUCUUCAUGUACCAUGUUAUACUUUCUUGGCUUGACCCAAUAAAGUGAAUGCAUGUAUAGCGGUUGCUUUUGAAGUAACAAAAGCAAUUCCAUCAGUACUGGUGGCUCCGUUCACAUCUUAGUCAUUGAUGUCUUAAGACAUUUUGCUUUAUUAGUAGAGAGAAUGUUGUCGCAUUGAAACAAUGUGCCUUAGGGUGAAGAGAGCCAAUGUACAAACGGGGCAAAAGCAUCUUGAGAGUUCAAAUCCAAAGAUUGCCUUUUGUUAAGAAGAAAUAAUUUGACUGUUAUUUUGGCAAUGGGGAAAAAAUGCUGAACUAAUUGCACAUUGAUGUUUAAAAGCUUGAAGCUGCGACAUUUAACAGGUCUAUGUUGGUGUGACCGCAUUGCAAGAAAUUGUACCUUGUAGUUUCCGUUAAUUCCAUCAUGCAAAGCGUCAAUUACAUGUAUGUUCUGUGCUAGUGUAGAUUACUUCACAAAAACAAGCUCCAGACUUUAGACUUAUGUUUUCCUUAUGUUUGUUUUCAUAAUGGAGCAUUAGCAAUACCAGUGGUCAUAUUUGUUUUAAAAUCACUCCAUAAACUGCCUAUCAACCAUUUACUUUGCUGCCACACUAACCAAUAGGAAUUACUUGCUGUUAUUCCAUGGUAUGUACCUGACCAUAAGGACAUAUCGAAAGCUUUUUAUUAAAUUCGUUUAUUUUCACCCACAAAGAUUUUUGGACAAAUAUGCUGUCAUGAUUUCUUAUAGUCAGUGGCCUGGUCAAGUAGUUAUUUACGCUAUAUUAGUUAUUGAAAUGUUUAGGUUUGCUACAGAGUGGAGGCAUUACCUGAUGACUUUGAUAUGGCCUAGGAUAAAUAGCUACCUUGGAAAUGAUACUAAGGUAUAUUUAUUGUGAUAUUCCAGUGUACACUAUCUGAAUAGACUACUUUGAUGUUCGAAUGCAAUGGCUUUACAGUAUACUCUAUGUUUAUAAAUAAAACGCUGAAAAGAU